AGUUAAGAGUAUAUAAAAUUUACAGUGAAAUAACUUGUUUCCAAACCACAAUUCGAACCGAUCGCGAAUUAAACCGACUUCGUUUCUACAAAUGGUUUAGGAGACCAGUGAAGCUGCUUAAACGACAUCGUUUUUAUUCCCCAACUAUUAUUAAAAACUACGUCGUUGUGAACACAGAUUAGUCCCUGUAACCCUUCAUUGACCUCUUUGUACCAAAAUCACGGUGAGUUUUCUUCUUCUUUAAGUCUUCGUUUGAUAGUUUAUUUGAUUGUUUCUCUGAAAUUUAUGCUUUCAAUUUUUUUACGUAGAUAAAGUUUUAUUAGAGAGAAUCAACACCAUGGUGGGUAGAAAGAAAUCGAAACAGGCUUGUUCCAAAGGGUUUUGUCGGAGAUUGAAGGAAGAUAUGAUAAGCCAGUUACCUGAUCAUUUGAUAUGUCUGAUACUUAAUCAUCUUCCGACAAAAGAUGUUGUUAAGACAAGCGUUUUAUCCACCAGAUGGAAAAGUCUCUGGCUUUUGGUUUCUGGUUUGGGUUUGAACUCCCGAGAUUUCUCUGAUUUCAAUACCUUUAAGAGUUUUUGUCAUAGGGUUUCCGAUUCCAAUAAAGCUUUAUGGAUAAAAAAGCUCAAGUUAACUAUUGAUGAGAGUGUAGAUAAUGGUGCCUCUUAUCUCAAGUCAUGGAUUGAUGCUGCAGCUAAGCGUAAGCUCCAACAUCUUAUUGUUCAUUCUCUGCCUCAUUUUUAUAAGACUCCUGAAAACCUUUAUGAAUGUGAGACACUGGUCUACUUACAACUCUUUGAAGUGGCCUUGAAUGAUGCCAAGUUUGUCUCUUUCCCUUGUAUGAAGACUAUGCAUUUAGAAGAUAAUGUGUAUCCCAAUGAAGCCACUUUCAAGAAGCUUAUCUCUUGUUGCCCUGUCUUGGAAGACUUGACGGUUAUUAUAUAUGGGAAGGAUACUAAAUCCUUUCCGGUGCACUCUCGGUCACUAAAGAGGCUCACUUUAGUACGGGUUUCUUCUUUCCACUCCGGUGCUAUUUCGGGAGUUGUGAUCAAUGCUCCUCGACUAUGCUCUUUGAGGAUUAAGGAUAACGUAUCGAAAAGCUUCAUAGUAAAAAAUAUAGGUUCUAAUGCCAAGUUAGAUCUUUCUAUCCUCUUUGGUUUGUGGUAUUUUGAUGAAGCAAGCGUUAGAUCAAGGAGAAGUAGCAUCCACAGAUUUCUUCCAGGGAUUUUAAGUGUUAGGGAAAUGACAAUACAUCCGCGCACUUUCAUGCUCAUGUACCGAUACUUGGCAUUAAUACCGCUACCUCACCUGCCUAAAUUUCGUUACAUGUCCCACCUGAGUGUUACUCUUGCAGUAUCUGAUUUGCAAUUUUUACCAGCCUUUCUUGUGAGCUGCCCGAACUUGAAAUCACUCAUCUUGGAAUCUAAUAGUAACUCCUCUGAGAAGAUGCGUUUCAAGGGAAACUAUCAAAUCAGUUUUUCAUCAGUGCCAAAUUGUUUGCUAUCGUCGCUAGAGUUUGUGGAUAUCAAAACCAACAUCUUGGAAUACGUUGCAGGGCAGCAGCUAGUAAAAUACUUCCUAAAGAAUUCAAAAAUCCUCAAGAAACUCACUCUACAUUUGAAUUAUUGUUCACCAAAAGAUGAUAUCGUCAAGAAACUCCGCAAAUUCCCAAGAGGCUCUAAAACAUGUCAAGUCGCCAUCGUCUUUGACUAGCUAGAAACAACCUGUGACGCUUUGGCUUUGCUUUAGCAGUUGAUAUAGGAGGUAAAGUAGCUGUGUGUACCAUUUGUUAAGUUACUUGUAUCAUUUUGGGUCCUCUUAAACUAAAAAAGAGAAUGAAAUAUUUUGUAAGCCCAAAAGAACCUAUGAACUUCACUCUGACGAAAUUUGCCAAAUGAUUGAUUCUGUAAAAUAAAAUUCAGACGUUUCGAGUC